UUCGUUCGAUUGCAACUUACAGUGCUGUAUUGGAGUCUGUUUUCAAACGACACCCUAUAUAGAUGCAACAUACAUAUAUAUAUAUAUAUACGGCAACUAGUUCAUCUUCUCGAUAGAGUUCUCAUAGCUACACCAACUGAAACGUCAGUCGAGGAAAUCUACAGGUGCCACUUAUUGUUAUUUGCUAAUCUCGCUGUCAGUAUUAAUUUCAAAAAUAUCAUGGAUUACCAUCGAAACAAUGAAGCUGAAAUGCACAAGACGCCAAUACAAAAAUUUUACGCCGGACAGUCAAUCUUCAUUACAGGGAGUACCGGGUUUCUCGGAAAAAUAUUAAUCGAAAAAUUGUUACGAAGUUGUCCCGAUAUUUCUACAAUGUAUCUAUUGAUACGCCCGAAAAAGGAUAAGUGCCCUGAAAGCCGACUGGAUGACAUAUUUAAAAAUUCGUUGUAUGAUCGAUUAAGAAAGGAAGUGCCUAAUUUUCGCAAAAAAGUUGUGCCAAUUAUAGGCAAUUUUGAUGUUGAAGAUUUAGAACUAUCCGAAAAUGAUAAGAAUAUCCUGAUACGUGAGGUGUCCAUAAUUUUCCACUUGGCAGCGACUAUGCGUUUUGACGAAGAAAUAAAAAUUGCUACGACAAUAAACAUUAUGGCUACAAAUACCAUUUUAAACAUUGCUAAACGUAUGUUAAAUUUAAAGUCAUUCAUUCACAUAUCGACCUUGUAUGCACAUUGCAACGAUAACUUAAAAUUGAUCGAGGAACGUUUUUACACAUAUUCUGUUGAUCAUAAGGAUUUUAUUACAUCAAUGCGUGCUUUACCCCAAAACGAUGAAAAAUUAUCUAGAAUGGCUUCAUUGUGGCCAAAUACAUAUACAUGUACAAAAGCCAUUACAGAAAUUCUUCUCAUAGAGGAAGGCAAAAACUUACCUAUUGGAAUAUUUCGACCUGCAAUGGUCAUGCCUAGCGCUAAUGAACCGAUCGUCGGAUGGGGCGAUAACUUAUAUGGACCAAUUGGUAGUACAAUAUCUAUCCUGCUCGGUUUCACGAGAUUUCAAUGGUGCGAUCCCGAUAUUACGGCGAAUUUGGUGCCUGUUGAUUUUACCGUAAACGCUUUAAUUGCUAGUGCAUGGGAUGUCUCUAAUCAAUGCAGGACAGGCAAAAAUAUGUUAAUUUACAAUAACACAACAGCACCUAAUGCGCCGACUUGGGGCGAAUACAUUAAUAAAAUUAUCUGUUUAAAUCAGAAAUAUCCCUUGAAAGAUUCCAUGUGGUUACCAUUUGUUUUUUUAGUACCAGGAGAAAUAACAUAUAAAAUUGGCAUUUGGUUUUGUCAUUUGCUUCCGGCCUUUUUUGUGGACAGUGUAAGGAUAUGUGUAGGCCGUCGCCCGAGAAUGUGGAAAUUGUAUAAUAAAAUCCACAAAGCUAUCAAGUCAAUUGCAUAUUUUUCAAUUACUAGAUGGCAAUUCACCGAUGAUAAUGUUCAAACGAUGUGGAACCGCUUGAAUAAAGAAGAUCAGCAAUUAUUUCCAUUCAACGUAAGAGAACUUGACUGGACAAAAUACCUUAUUGAUUUUCACAAAGGUUUACGUCUUUAUUUCUUAAAUGAAGAUGACAGUAAUUUAGAAAUUAGUCGUAUAAAUUAUAAAAGGCUUUAUUGGACACACCAAGUAUUUAAAACUAUAUUAAUUUUUUUCACUCUUUGGAUUAUUUGGAUCAUAUUCGUCAAAAUAUUUGCAUAG